AUGGGAGAAAUGGAGCAGUUGCGCAAGGAGGCAAACACCCUUAAGGAGCAGAUUGCGGCUGCUCGCAAGACAGCUCAAGAUACCACCCUGCAGGCAGUGGUGUCUGGAACAGCCGUGGUUGGCCGAGUCCAGCUCAAGACCAGGAAGACACUCAAAGGUCACCUGGCCAAGAUCUAUGCCAUGCACUGGUCUUCAGACUCCAGAUUAAUGGUCAGUGCAUCACAGGAUGGCAAACUCAUUGUGUGGGAUAGCUACACUACCAACAAGGUGAAUGCCAUCCCACUCAAAUCCUCAUGGGUGAUGACAUGUGCUUUUGCACCAUCUGGCAACCUGGUAGCCAGUGGUGGUCUUGAUAAUAUGUGCACUGUCUACAACCUCAAGGGCAAAGAUGGCAACGUGAAGACUUUGAAAGAACUUGAUGCACACACAGGUUACCUCUCUUGCUGCCGCUUCCUUAGUGACACAGAAAUCAUCACAAGCUCUGGUGACACCACCUGUGCUCUCUGGGAUCUGGAAAGUGGUAAGCAGAAGACGAUCUUCAUGAACCACGUUGGAGACUGCAUGUGCCUGGCUCUUUCCCCGGACAUGAACUUAUUCAUCUCUGGAGCCUGUGACUCUCAGGCCAAACUGUGGGACAUUCGAGACGGUACUUGCAAGCAGACCUUCCAAGGUCAUGAGAGUGACAUCAAUGCCAUUGCGUUUUUCCCUUCUGGGACCACUGUUGUGACAGGCUCCGACGACUGCACUUGCAAGAUGUUUGACUUGCGCUCCGAUCAGGAGUUGAUCAGCUACCAGGAUCCAACCAUCAACUGCGGUGUAACAUCGCUGGCCUUGUCCACCUCUGGUCGCCUCAUUAUGGCUGGAUAUGAUGACUUCAACUGCAAUAUCUGGGAUUCACUCAAGGCUGAAAGAGUGGGUGUGCUGGCUGGCCAUGACAACAGAGUGAGCUGCACCGGGGUGCCACCUGAUGGAAUGUGCGUCUGCACGGGUUCCUGGGACAGCUUUCUGAAGAUCUGGAACUGA